UUCAGUCUUCGCUUUCUCUGCCCGAAGAAAAUCAAACCGCGUCUCUCUCUCUCUCUCUCUCCCUCUCUCUCUCCAACCCUAAGCAGAGAAAGUCUCGAUCUUUCGCCGGAGGAAUGCGAUCUCCGGCGAGCCCCCGCCCGUGAGCGAGCGCCUCCUCCGUCGUCUCCCCGGGGACCUCGACUCGCUGCUCGCCGCCGGCGCCGGCGGAUGCUCUCGAGCUAGGGACCGGCACCGGCAGCAGCUGGUGGUUCGACUGCCGUCGCGAGGGGGCGAAUUUCGGCUUCGAGAAGCGAGGCGGGCGGCGGCGGCGACCAUGUACAAGAACCAGCUGCAGGAGCUGGCGCAGCGGAGCUGCUUCAACCUCCCCUCCUACGCCUGCAUCCGGGAAGGCCCCGACCACGCGCCGCGCUUCAAGGCCGCCGUGAACUUCAACGGCGAGACCUUCGAGAGCCCCAGCUACUGCUCCACCCUCCGCCAGGCCGAGCACUCCGCCGCGGAGGUCGCCCUCCACUCCCUCGCCACUCGCGGCCCUUCCCACUCCCUCGCCGCUCGAAUCCUCGAUGAGACAGGGGUUUAUAAAAACCUCUUACAGGAGAUCGCACAGAGAGUUGGAGCUCCAUUGCCACAAUACUUAACAUUUCGAUCAGGCCUAGGCCACCUGCCUGUGUUUACAGGCACGGUAGAGUUAGCUGGAAUCAUUUUCACUGGAGAACCUGCCAAGACAAAGAAACAAGCAGAAAAGAAUGCAGCAAUGGCAGCUUGGUCGUCUCUGAAGCAAUUGUCGAAAGAAACUGCUAGUACAUCAUCUGAGCCAGAGCACAAUGAUGAGCUGGAGCAGACAACAAUAGCACGAGCUUUACUUAACUAUCGUUCAAAGGAGAAGGUAGCAUUGGCCAACUCCCCCAGCGGCUCGAUACCAUUUGCAAAGAAGUUUCAAAUUCAAAAUCUAAGACCACCUAGCCCACAACCUCCACCUGUCGCCACAUCAAAGAUCCUUCCUCUAUUUUGCCAAAAAGCAGCUUCUCGAGUCAGACCUUCACCAACAUCCACAAAUGAUAAGCCCUUGCCAGUUCCAAGGUCUCCAUCUGUGGAAUCUCGUGGGGCCCGCCUGCAGAAGUUCCCAGCUGCUGGAGCUGCUCCUUACGUCCCCAUUCAGCAGUUUAGGGCACCAUGCCGUGGUAUUGCACCCCCAGUGACAAUAAGAACUGUAGCACCAGUAUACGCCGCUCCUCUCCGUCUACCACCUUCAGUGAGAUUGCCACCUCCAGUCGUGCAGGCAUCACCAGUGGGUGUCGCCCCACCUGUCUGUACCAGACAAGCUGUGCCUGUAUUUACUGCACCACCGGCCCAGAAGGAGAAUCCUCCUACAGUUUACAAAGAACCUCCUGUUCUCAAUUCUCCUGUUUCAUGUGAUGCGUCUCUAUCUGUUAUGGACGAAAGGAAGACUGCAACUGCCAAGCAGCAGCAAGAAUCUGAGGUAGCACAGAAAUUGAAAGAACUUGAGAUUUGAGGGGUGUUAUGGGAAAAUUAGGAAUUUGUGAACAGUGUUAUGGCUCCUGUUGCCUUAGGUUUGUUUUUUUGUCUUCUCACCUUGUUACAUCAGUGCCCUUCUCUUCUGAUAUAUUCUCUCUCUCUCUCUCUCUCUCUCUCUCUCUCUCUCUCCCAAUUUUGCUUUGUCCUCUCUCUUCUGAUGAUGGAGUUGUCCAGUUCUCUUUCUGAGCUGCAUAUGCAAUAGGUUAAAUUAGCUAGCUUCUGUUCUGAAGAUGCGGCACUUUUUGCUGCGGCACUUUCUUCAGAUUCAGCAGCUGCCCCAUUCCCUUUUUCUCCUAUCAGUAAUUCAUGAACAUUUUGGGUUCGCGAGUAGUGAUUUGAAUUAUAUUGUCCCGUUCUUGACUCGUAAUCAAUACGAGCUUGAAGUUUCAUUCGCAA